AUGGCUCGUAGCGGACCUGGUUGCCAUCUUCUCGUCCUGCUCCUAGCCCUGACUGCCUUCAAUGGCAGCUUUGCAGCUCGACAUCUUUUGGACACAGCAGCUGCGCCAGAGGCUGCACCUGCUCAGCCGACCAUUCCAGCGGUUCCAACCAAACUGCCUCCAGUGCCUUCCAUACCAGCAGUUCCAACCACGCUGACGCUGCCUCCAAUACCUUCCAUUCCGGCGGUCCCGAAGACGGCAAUCCCACCAAUUCCGUCCAUUCCUUUUCCGAAGUUAGCCCUGCCACCAACAGCUGCUGGCGCAAUCCCAUCUCUCCCAAACCCGGUGAUUCCAACCACCGUACCAGCUAUUCCUAAAGUCCAGGUUACCCUGCCACCAAUGCCCUCGAUCCCCACUACUGUGCCAUCCAUUCCAACUACGAUUCCAACAACAAUCCCAACCAUUCCCGGACUCCAGGUGCCACUCACUGCCCCAUCCCCACAAACCACUAACCCUUGA